UUGUGCAACUUCUGCAUCGUACAUCUGAGAAAAAAAAAUCUGAGAUCUCUUUCUGAAAGACGAAAAAAGCCUUUGGUGGCCAUUCUCUGAUGAAAAGCAAUACUGUUUCAAACCGGAGUCAGACGAGAUUUUCACAUACUAUGGCUUGUGUCCACUGGUCGGUGAGUACGGUGCUAUGUGUGUGUAUCCUCCUGUGGAAAGGAACUCUCUCUGCCGCUGACACCUGCAGUGCCUACAGGGGUUACCCUGGUGUGCCAGGAAUUCCUGGAGCACAUGGAGCCAAUGGGAAGGAUGGACCAAAGGGACAAAAAGGAGAUCCAGGAGACGGUGCACAAGAUCUGAGGGGCCAAAAGGGUGACCGUGGAUACCCUGGAAACCCUGGAAGACCAGGUCUAAAGGGAGACCCUGGAAUACAGGGCCCACAGGGGUCACAGGGUAAAAAAGGGGAGAAAGGAAGCCUUACAGCUGGCACCCAAAGAUCCUUCUUCUCCUACAAGAUACCUCACACCAGGGCACUGCCACUUGCAUCUGAACCUCUAAAUUUUGUGGGGCCAUUCCUGAUGGAUAUGCAGCCUGGGCAGGGUGGGGAAUCCCUGACCAAUGGAAAGUUCGUAUGCAAAAUAAAGGGCCUGUACUUCUUUACCUUCCAUGUUUCUGCUCGCAGUUUUGUUUGCCUCAACAUCAAGAAGAAAAUGGAAAAAGUGGUUGGUUUCUGUGAUUACUCGGACGGUUUUAUGCUGACCUCAGGGUCUGUGGUGUUGAGCCUGCAGGAUAACGAUGAGGUGUCUGUGCAGCCUACCGAGAUGAACUCAGUAAUCAGUAGACAAGGAGCUGACAGUACUUUUACAGGCUUCCUGCUCUACCCUAUGAAGUGAUCAUUAACACAGCACUCAGCAUAAGCAAUGGCUUCUUUCCAAAAGGCUAGACCUCAAAAAUCCGCAUAAAAAACAAGGAAAAAAAAACAUUUAUAAUGAGGGUAAUGUCUCUGAUAAAUGUUUUAUAAUUUGAGUCUUGUGACAUGGCAUUUUGAACUUGUAAUAUGGGCUCUGUUCCUCUCAUUUUUGUAAUUGCACACAUAAAACCAUAUGCAAAAUUAAACACUGCUGUCACAAAACUGCUGUUUAUGGGUUAGAUGUUUUAUGUCACAAUUUUGACAUGACAUAUCCUCAGAUUUCUCAUCACUGAAUAUGAUUUAGUGCAUGCAUUUCUAAUUAAUAAUGAAUAAGCAAAAGAUGACUUUCCUGAUUAAAAGCAUUUGCACAGUUUGA